GGGGCCGCGCGUCCUCCGCCGAGGCUGUCUCCCGCGCUGCGGACCUGCGCACCUGGCGCGCAGCGAGAAAUGUUAUUUCCAUGUGCUCAUCUCCACUGUAGAAGGUUAGGACACCGAGACAUAAGGUUGACAACAGGCCUGUCCCUGAAGGAUAAGAAGUAAUGUUUCUCAUUUCUAAGUAUGCGAUCCUUUUCAGAAGAUCAAUUUACUAGUUCUAUUUUAAGAAGGAGCACAUGAUGUGCUAAUGGAAGAUAAAUGGAAGCAAAGUGGAAAACACCUUUGUUUCUGGAAAGCUGCAUCUACUACUGGGCCUGACGGUUGGCAGUGACAUGGAUGAGAGGCUGGCAAUUCUAACUGCCAGCUUCUGUAUAACUUGACUAGAAACUAUGCAUAUUGGUUGGUCAGCAAAACCAGGGAACAAAAGCUAUGGCAGUUGACGUGGUCUCUCUGAUCCCAGACCAUUGUUCCUGGGCUUCACCCGCAGGAGCCUCCUUUUCACCUCAGCGAUGUGGCACUAUUUCCUGCUGGGUGAAGGCUGAGGACACAUUCCCUGGCCAGCAGCCAGGACUUAACAUACGCCAGAAUAGGAUUAGAGACCACUGCAUUCGAAGCCAAGGAAAAUGAAGCUUGCAUUUCAUUUGGUGCCUUGUGUAUGGAAUGCACGAACAUUUCUAGAAGUGCAUGUGUGAAAAGUGGCUCCGUUUUGUUCAACAGAAACAUGGGUAUGGCGAGUGACCCAAUGUAAUCGGUGGCGGCGAGAGCCCUGGGGUACUCAUGACGGGGUAUACCAUGUUGCGGAAUGGGGGUGUGGGGAACGGAGGUCAAACCUGUAUGUUGCGCUGGUCCAACCGAAUCCGGCUCACGUGGCUCAGUUUCCUGCUCUUUAUCAUUCUGGUGUUCUUCCCGCUCAUUGCUCACUACUACCUCACCACUCUGGAUGAGGCUGAUGAGGCAGGCAAGCGGAUUUUUGGCCCAAGGGCUGGUAAUGAACUGUGUGAGGUAAAGCACGUGCUGGAUCUCUGUCGCAUCCGUGAAUCUGUGAGUGAGGAGCUCUUACAACUGGAAGCCAAGCGGCAGGAGCUCAACAGUGAAAUUGCCAAGCUAAACCUGAAGAUCGAGGCCUGUAAGAAGAGUAUUGAAAACGCCAAGCAGGACCUGCUGCAGCUCAAGAAUGUCAUUAGCCAGACUGAGCAUUCGUACAAAGAGCUGAUGGCCCAGAAUCAGCCCAAACUGUCUCUGCCCAUCCGAUUGCUCCCUGAGAAGGAUGAUGCCGGCCUUCCUCCCCCAAAGGUCACACGGGGAUGCCGGCUGCACAACUGUUUUGAUUAUUCUCGCUGCCCUCUCACCUCUGGUUUUCCUGUCUAUGUUUAUGACAGUGACCAGUUUGCCUUUGGGAGCUGUCUGGACCCCUUGGUCAAGCAGGCUUUUCAGGCUACAGCUCGAGCCAAUGUGUAUGUUACAGAAAAUGCAGACAUCGCUUGCCUCUAUGUGAUAUUGAUAGGAGAAAUGCAGGAGCCCGUAGUGCUGCGGCCUGCUGACCUUGAGAAACAGUUGUUUUCUCUCCCGUACUGGCGGACAGACGGACAUAACCAUGUCAUCAUCAAUCUGUCCCGGAAGUCGGACACACAGAACUUACUGUAUAAUGUCAGUACAGGCCGCGCCAUGGUGGCCCAAUCCACUUUCUAUGCUGCCCAGUACAGACCUGGCUUUGACUUGGUUGUGUCACCACUGGUCUAUGCCAUGUCAGAGCCCAACUUCAUGGGGAUCCCACCACAGGUGCCAGUUAAGCGGAAAUACCUUUUCACCUUCCAGGGCGAGAAGAUUGAAUCGCUGCGAUCCAGCCUUCAGGAGGCUCGCUCCUUUGAAGAAGAAAUCGAGGGCGACCCUCCAGCCGACUAUGAUGAUCGCAUCAUUGCCACCCUCAAGGCUGUACAGGAUAGCAAGCUGGAUCAGGUCCUGGUGGAAUUUACCUGUAAAAACCAGCCCAAGUCCAGUCUGCCCACAGAGUGGGCACUGUGUGGGGAGCGGGAGGACCGCCUGGACUUACUGAAGCUUUCCACUUUUGCCCUCAUCAUCACCCCUGGGGACCCCCGCUUGCUCAUCUCAUCCGGGUGUGCCACGCGGCUCUUUGAGGCCCUGGAAGUUGGUGCUGUCCCUGUGGUGCUGGGAGAGCAGGUGCAGCUCCCGUACCAGGAGAUGCUGCAGUGGAACGAGGCGGCGCUGGUGGUGCCCAAGCCCCGGGUGACGGAGGUCCACUUCCUGCUGCGAAGUCUCUCCGACAGUGACUUACUGGCUAUGAGGCGGCAAGGCCGCUUUCUCUGGGAGACUUACUUCUCCACUGCUGAUAGUAUUUUUAACACCGUGCUGGCUAUGAUCAGGACUCGCAUCCAGAUCCCAGCUGCUCCCAUCCGGGAAGAGGUAGCAGCCGAGAUCCCCCAUCGUUCAGGCAAGGCAGCUGGAACGGACCCCAACAUGGCUGACAAUGGGGACCUGGACCUGGGACCAGUAGAAACGGAACCACCCUAUGCCUCACCCAAAUACCUCCGCAACUUUACUCGGACUGUCACUGACCUUGCCCGCAGCUGGAACUCUGCCCCUGGGCCUUUCUAUCUGUUUCCCCACACGCCCUUUGACCCUGUGUUGCCCUCAGAAGCCAAAUUUUUGGGCUCUGGGACUGGAUUUCGGCCUAUUGGUGGUGGAGCUGGGGGCUCUGGUAAGGAGUUUCAGGCGGCCCUGGGAGGCAACGUGCCCCGGGAGCAGUUCACGGCAGUGAUGCUGACUUACGAGCGGGAGGAAGUGCUGAUGAACUCCUUAGAGAGACUCAACGGCCUCCCUUACCUGAACAAGGUGGUGGUGGUGUGGAAUUCGCCCAAGUUGCCCUCAGAGGACCUUCUGUGGCCCGACAUUGGCGUCCCCAUCAUGGUGGUUCGCACUGAGAAGAACAGUUUGAACAAUCGAUUCUUGCCCUGGAAUGAGAUCGAGACAGAGGCCAUCUUGUCUAUCGAUGAUGAUGCUCACCUCCGCCAUGAUGAAAUCAUGUUUGGGUUUCGAGUGUGGAGAGAGGCACGUGACCGAAUUGUGGGCUUCCCUGGCCGGUACCAUGCAUGGGACCUCCCUCACCAGUCCUGGCUCUACAACGCCAACUACUCCUGUGAGCUGUCCAUGGUGCUGACAGGUGCUGCCUUCUUUCACAAGUAUUAUGCCUACUUGUAUUCUUAUGUGAUGCCCCAGGCCAUCCGAGAUAUGGUAGAUGAGUACACCAACUGUGAGGACAUCGCCAUGAACUUCCUCGUCUCCCACAUCACACGGAAGCCCCCCAUCAAGGUGACGUCACGGUGGACUUUCCGGUGCCCAGGAUGUCCCCAGGCCCUGUCACACGAUGAUUCCCACUUUUACGAGCGGCACAAGUGUAUCAACUUUUUUGUCAAGGUGUACGGCUACAUGCCCCUCCUGUACACGCAGUUCAGGGUGGAUUCCGUGCUCUUCAAGACGCGCCUGCCGCACGACAACACCAAGUGCUUCAAGUUCAUCUAGGGGUCACAGUUGUGGGGAGGACAGGCAGAGCGAGGGUGACGCUCCCAGGGACCCUGGGCCUUGAAGGGCCUUGGGGACAUCUGCUGGGCCAGUGGGCCAGACCCUCUGCUGGGAGAGGCAGCAGGAAUAGUGGGAAGGAAAUAGCUGCCUUUAUCUUGGUCAGCCACACUGGGCCUUGGCGCCCUGGUCAGCGGAGGAGGGGCUCCCACGCAGGGCACUGACUGGCAGUGUACACUGAGGACACGGUUCAUAGCCAGGACAGCGGCUUCGUGAUGUUUAAAGUCAGAAAGAACUAGUAUCUCAAAAGAAGUUUCAGAUCUGCCAUCCAAGGCUUAUUUAUAUAUGUGUGUGUAAACACACACAAACACACACACACGCACACACAUACAUACAUGCAUAUUUGGUGGGGGUGAGUAAUUGAAAUUUUUGCCUCUCUCGCCAAGGGAGGGGACCAGUCAGGCUCUGUGUGUCCUGCAUUUCAGUGGGGAGGGAUUGUGACCGAGGAAGUCUGCCUUCUUCCAUCUCCCAUCCUCCCAGGGAGUAGAGAGUGCAGAAACAAGAAAGGGGCCUGUGUGGCCUCUUAAGGGCGUUGAGAGGUGCUGGCCCUCGGUCCAGUCAGUGAUCGUAACCUGGUUCCCUCCUACAGAAAAGCUGGGGAAGGACCUGCACUGCAGCCGGCCAUCAGCCCUGCAGUCUUCUGCUAGGUUCAGUGGGUUUGAAGAUUUCUCAUUGGGCAGUGACAAUCCCAGAACUCACGCCUGCUCUCCUGUUAUCCCCCUUGUUGGAGAGAGAGAGUAGGAAGCAAAGACUGUGGAAGGUGUAAAGCUGCCCCCAUCAGCAGCGGGCAGUGCUGUGGGUCUCAGGCUUUCUGGAGUGUUUUCUCUCGGAUGAGACAACGGGAAGACUUUCAGGCUGCCCUUCCAGACAUAGGCGGGUGGUCUGCAGGCCAGCAAGCUCUGGUGCGGGACAAAGCGCGCCUCCUCCUCCGAGGAUGCCCCCGGCUGGCCGGGGGCCUGGCAGCAAGGCACCUGCCUUGAGAUUAAUACUUGGGUGAAAUUCACCUUUCCCCACCUCUGAGCCUCCAUCUGUGCCCUGUAGGUUUGGUAUGUGCUAGAACUGUGAGAGGCUGUGAUUUGCUAGGAGAGCUCACGCCAGUCUUGGGAUUUCACAGGCACUCACACCCCAACUCCCCACUUCUGUGGCCCGGGCCGCGGUGGCAGCUGGGAAAGCCAGUCACACAGGCCGCGUGCCAGGGACGUGGCCUGUGCCUUGUGUUCCCGGCCGCUUGUGGAAGUGGAGCUGAGAACGUUUCCAGCCCUCCGCAGGCUCGGGUCCGCCCUGGCCCGAACCACUUCCGUCCUCCCGAGACCGUGAUGUCCCGUGUUUGCGUUUCUUGGGGCACAUUCUGGCUGGCCGGUGUCGCUUGCUGUAGGUCCACACUGGAGGCCGCCCGGCCUGGCCGGGUUCGAGUCCGUGGGGAGGAAGGGCGCCCGCGCCGAUGCCCCCCCCCCCCCCCCAGCACAAGGGUCCAUGGUGGAGUUUUGUAAGAAAUAAAUGGAGGCGUUCCGAGGAGGCGUGUGGAGGCCUUGCUUUCUGGGGGGGGACCGGGCCUGCGCCUUUGCUGGGGCUGGGAAGAUGGCCCAGUGGGAGAGCGCUCAAUUCAUGCUGGAAGCCCUGGGUUCGAGUCUUCAGCACCACAC